AUGCGUACGCUGGUCCUACUUCUAACUUGGAUUGCCCUCUGGCCUCUUGCGUUCGUGAGCGCUGGUUGCGCUACGAAUGAACGCGUUGUCAUGGUGAAGGAUGGUAGUGGUGAGCAAGAACAACACGGAGGUGCCGGUCUCUUCCAUCUAGGUCAUCGGAAGCCAUGGCCUCAAGUCAAACUCAACAACGUGAAGUAUCGAUUGAUCAAAUACUGUUACAGUGGCCCUGAAGCACGAAAUGCACUUCACUGCUCCCAUGUUAUGCCUGCACUUACUGUAUGGGGCAACAAACUCGGGACUCCUGCCAGCGCGAAGACUGGUCAUAGUUUGGCAUGGCACGAGACCCACGACGACAAUCCGGACCCAAAGAAACGCGUGCUUCAGUACUGCCACACCCCAGACGGCAAUUGGAACCCCAAGGUCCCUGGAGACGCCCUUAUGAUAAGCAUAUAUUUCCAAGACCCUGGGUUGGCAUUGUCUAGUAUUGGCUAUAGCGACAGUUCUGAGUCUACAACACCAGGACGAAACUUCGUAAAGAUAGGCUUAGAGACGAACCUUAGCGAUGCUGUACAUGAGUUCGGACACGUGCUUGGAUUGGUACAUGAGGUGCACCGAAGCGACCGCGACGACUACGUGCUGUAUCAAUGCAAGCAUGUCAUCGGCUACCAAGACUGCUUGGACAAAGCGAUGGCGGCCGAAAAAAUGAGCCAACAGGAUGCGUCUGCAAAGCUGUGUGAAGAUUUCGACUUCGCAACCAAAUAUAACUUCUUUGGCACUCAGUUCCUCAAAAGCCCUGGGGGCGAGAAUGUGGACCAGGGGAAUUUCGAUCUGGAUUCCAUCAUGCUUUAUCACUCAUUGGUCAUGUCCAACAGCAUCUGUGUGAUAGAUAUGCACCAGUGUCCACUACUCCAAUACAAGAAAGAAGGCGGCAAGACGGCUGGGUUGGAGAGGAUCCCACCGCGAGAUAUGCCUUCGGCUGGCGAUAUUGCCUUGGUCAAGAAGUGGUAUCCUUGGGAAGACUAA